UUUCUCUCUGCUUUUAGCAACGUGCUGUGCAACAAUGGUGGUCAGAGCUGCACUGCUCCCUGUCACGUUGCUGCUGUGCUUUGCACUGCCCGGCAGCGCCGAUGUCGCAAGGACGGCGGAUGGCUUCUACGAGCUCAAGAACAAGAAGGGGGAUUUCUCCAUCAAGGUCACCAACUGGGGAGCUACCCUCGUCUCUGUCGUCGUUCCUGAUUGCCAUGGGGACCUAACCGAUGUUGUACUUGGGUACGACACCGUUGCUGGAUACGCUAAAGGCGCUGCUGCCGGAUCGACUAUUGGGCGCGUAGCAAACAGAAUCGCCAACGCCCGCUUCGUGCUCGACGGCAAAACCUAUCGUCUCUUCCGUAACGACGGCAACAACACGAUUCAUGGCGGCCACAGGGGGUUCAACAAAGUCAUCUGGACGGUGAAGGAGCACGUGCAGUACGGCGACUCCCCGUACAUCACCUUCUACUACCGCAGCUUCGACGGAGAGCAAGGAUUCCCGGGGUACCUGGACGUGUACGUCACGUACCGGCUCUCCGACCCGUACGACCUGAGCAUCCACAUGAACGCGACGGCGACGAGCAAGGCGACGCCGGUGAACCUUGUGAACCACGCGUACUGGAACCUCGCUGGCCACGGCAGCGGCGACGUCCUCGAGCACGAGCUCCAGAUGUUCGCGUCACAGUACACACCCGUGGACGGGUACAUGAUCCCGACGGGCCAGGUCGCGCCCGUGGCCGGCACAAACGACGUCUCCAGAGAAUAUUACAAGGUCGUUACUCUCUAA